AUGUCACUCAUCCCAUACCACCCCCGCGAAGGGCGGGAAAUUGUCCUCCGCCAUCGCAAUGCCAUUGUCGUCCGCGAUCCCCUCACCCAGCGCCUCGAGAUCCGCGGUCUCCAGCUUCACGAAUGUCCCACUUGUCACCAACCCCUACGAACGUCUUCUCCCGAGAGCCAUGUCGAUGAUGACUCGGACCGUCGCGAAUCCUAUGUCGACCCCGACUACUUUCGCAUGUUGCGCGACGGCCACAAUGGUCAGGGUCCCUCGAACCCACGCCCGCCCUCGAGCCCUAUCCGCCGCUUGGUCCGUCCUGUUCCCGCCAUAGACGAUCGUGGGAACGAAGUUGGUGUACAGAAUGCCGAAUUCGUCAGUAGCGAGCCUGUGCCUCCCGAGACCACUCGCAUUAAGAAAGAGGCGUUUGCCCCAAACUAUUUCGAAACCUUUUUCCACGAGGAGCGUACCCUCGGCCGCGGUGGCAAGGGCGUCGUUAUGCUUGUGCGCCAUGAGAUUGAUGGUUGCAACCUAGGUCACUUUGCUUGCAAGCGUGUGCCCGUUGGCGAUGACCAUGCCUGGCUGGGCAAGGUGCUUGUCGAAGUCGAGUUGCUCGCCAAACUGUCGCAUCCAAACCUGGUCUCGUACCGCUUCUCGUGGGUUGAGGAUGUCAAGAUCAACAAGUUCGGCCCCAAAGUCGCAUGUGCCUUCAUUCUCCAGCAGUACUGUAACGGCGGUGAUCUGCAGAACUAUGUCAUUGGCGACUUGCUCAAGGAGCCAACCAUAGAGGAGAUCAAGGCCCAAAGACGCCGUCGAUCCAAGGGGUUCAUAGAACGACCUAGUUUGUCACAGCGGCAGUUACCCUUCAAGGAGAUCUUCUCGCUGUUCAAGGAUAUCACUUCCGGUCUUGCCUAUCUCCACGCCGCCAACUACAUUCACAGGGAUCUUAAACCCAGCAACUGCCUUCUACAUCGCGAGGGUGGCCGUACCAGCUGCCUCAUCAGUGAUUUCGGAGAGGUCCAACCCGAAAACGCUGUGCGAAUGUCAACCGGGUCGACUGGCACCAUUUCCUAUUGUGCUCCCGAGGUGUUGAUCAAGGAUGCCAGCGGUAAGUAUGGGAACUUUACCACCAAAUCCGAUAUUUUCUCGCUCGGGAUGAUCCUCUACUUCAUGUGUUUCGGGAGGUUGCCAUACGCCAAUGCCAAUUCGCUCCAUGAGGAGCUGGAGGAUAUUGAUCUGCUGCGUACUGAGAUCACGGACUGGAAAGGUUUCGAGGAUGAACGACGCGAGCGCCCUGACCUCCCCGCCAGGCUCUAUCAGCUGCUUAAGCGGCUUCUUGCUAUUAACCCAGCCGAGCGUCCGAGUGCCAAUGAGGUUUUGAGUGUCAUGAAGAAUGAGUCAAGUCUAGACGGGGUGGGAAGUCCAUCUACAGGUUCUAUCCCUUCGAUUGGCCUAGCUGGGCGGAGGAUACAAGACCUAGAUUCCCCCAUGCCUCCCAGCACGCCUGUGCCAGGUCAGUCACCCGUCCCGUCCUCCCCGGAUGCGCCUUCACUGACUACUCCUCCGCCAGCAGACCACAGACAUGCCAAAGUGUCUUCAUCUCCAGACGAGGAUCUUCCUUUGUCAGUCGACGGUUACACGCCAGUAUCUGAUACCCACCAAAAUGGUGCAUCCGAUCAUCGUCCCCACCACACGCGUACGCAGUCCCAAUCGUUGACGCUGUCACGCAGCCGUGACCAUGUACCCUCGUCGCCCGAGCCUCAAAGCCCCAGGUUUGGACUCGGGCCAGUCUCUCGGAACGGCAGCGUCGUCCCUCCGCAGCCUUCUCCGCCAGCCAUUACAACCCCCUUGCUCAUGCCCCCGCCCAGCACCCGGCUUGAGCAGAUGAAGCACCGCGCAGUGCUAACACAAUAUCACGCUGGGAGGUGGCUGGCGGCAAAUGGGCUUUCCUUUGAAGUGCUGCUCAGGCUUGCCUUUUUGGGAAUCAAGAUCUUCUCACUGUCGUGGACCUGUUGGCCAUAUGCUUCCAAUCUUGGUGUUCUGACGUCAGUUUUUGCCCUGGCGAUCCUGGACCUACUGAACCCGGCUGGGAACCCGGAACCAAGAAGAGAGAGCAAUGCCAUGCUUGGGGUCUCUCCCGGGAGUAGGCGAGCAAGCAGCAAUGAGCAAGCAAACGACCAGAGAAACCAGUUGGACGGCCAUGAUGGGCACCUGGUCAGGGUCACUUCUGACAUUGUUCCUGCCUACAACAAUGAGCAGUACUAUUGGGCGGGAACGAUUGUAGGUUGGAAGACAAGCGUUUCCCUGUUGUUAUUGCACUUUGCGGUUCUGUGGGCCACAAAAUACAUGGGCUUGCUCUGUGCCGUACAGGCCGGGCAUGGUAGAUGGUCCCACUGGCCGCCUCCUGAUAUGUCACACGAUGAGAUUGUUUGA